GAUGAUGCGCGCGAAUGAUCCGCGGGGUGCGCGCACUGACAGCUGAAGGUUCUCCGCGAUGACGGACACUCCGAUGGCCCAUCAUCAUCAUCAUCAUAUCCAGCAGCAUCAGCAUCCGUGUCCCUGAGCUCCGGACAGCAUCAGCAUCCUCCUCAUCCUCAUCCGUCCUCCAUGCAGCAGAGCCGCCGCGCAGCGCCUGUCGCGUUUCUCGCCGUCUGUCCGCGCUCCUCCUCCGCCAUCCUCUGCGUCUGAAGUCGCUCCGCGUCCAUCACCUGCUCGCCGUGUCCCGUCUCCAUCCUCCCGCAGGAUGCUGUCCUACACCGGGAUGCUCGCGCUGCUCCUCGUGAUGCUCCCAUAUGUAUCAUCUCAGAACGCUGGGUUUGUGAAGUCGCCGAUGUCAGAGAUAAAGCUCACCGGAGACGCCUUUGAGCUGUACUGUGAUGUGGUUGGUAACCCCGUGCCGGAGAUCCAGUGGUGGUACGCCGAUAUCAACAGGGCGGACUCCUUCAAGCAGCUUUGGGACGGCGCCCGCAAGCGUCGGGUGUCCAUCAACACGGCGUACGGUGCCAACGGUGUGAGCGUGCUGGCCAUCUCCCGCCUCACGCUGGAGGACGCCGGGAUCUACGAGUGCAGGGCCAGCAACGACCCGCGCCGCAAUGACCUUCGCCAAAACCCGGCCAUCACCUGGAUCCGAACGCAAGCCACCAUAUCUGUGCUGCAGAAGCCACGGAUCAAUGCUUCCGAUCAGGAGAUUUUGCAGCCUAAAAGUGGUCAGGAGUUACCCAUCACCCUUCAGUGUAACCUCACUAACUCACACAGCACCCACCGGGAGACCUUCUGGAUGAAGAACGGACAGGAGAUUUCCAACACAAGGACGGAGCACAAACACACAGAGUUCAAGUUAAGUAAACCGAGGACAGACGAUUCGGGUGAAUACAUGUGUGUCUACACCUUUAAGUCUGCUCCCAAUGCUAACGCUUCCAUUGAGGUCAAAGCUGCUCCGGAAAUCCUCGGCCACAAACGAAGCGAGAACAAAAAAGAAGGUGAAAAUGCAACGCUGUACUGCAAAUCAGUGGGAUACCCACAUCCUAUGUGGUUGUGGCGCAAGAAAGUUGGACGGGGAUCUUACAUUGACAUUGAUAACAGCACCGGCCGCUUCUUCAUCAUCAACAAAGACAACUUCACAGAGCUGAGUAUCAUCAGUCUGGACAUCCGCACAGACCCGGGCGAGUACGUCUGCAAUGCCUCCAACAUCAUCGGCUCCAGAGAGUCCAUGACCAUCCUGCGGGUGCGGAGUCACCUCGCCCCGCUGUGGCCUUUCCUGGGCGUCCUGGCCGAGAUCAUCAUCCUCGUGGUCAUCAUUGUGGUUUACGAGAAGCGCAAGAGGCCAGACGAGGUUCCAGAUGUUUGAGAGCUUGCAUGUCUUGAGAAAUGUCUGCUUCUCUUUGUCUCCUCAUUCAGGCUGGGAUGUCAACGCGUGCUUAUCUAAUUAUCAAAAGAUAUUAAAAAGCUGUUGUGAAUGAUGAGAUGUGUCAUGAUGAGUCAUCAGCAGUAUUCAUUGUCAACAUUUAAAAUAUUUAUUUUUAGUAUUUCAUUCAUCAAGGUUUAGGAAAUUAAAAAAAAAUUUUUAGCUUCUAAAAUAUAGUCAAUGGAUGAAUCUCAACAAAACAUUUUUUUGACAUAUUUCACCUUUAUAUUAAAAUAAUUAUUAUAUAUAUAUAUCAUUUUUUUUUCUUAAUUAUUAUUAUUUUUCAUCUCCCUUAUUGUAUUAAAAUAGUUAAUGAAACUGUGUUUUUUUUUUUUUUAAUCAUGAAAUAGUAGUACAACAUAUACCACAGUGACAUUUGGAUAAUUAACAAUUGUAAUAAUAUUUACAAUCUAUAAAUAUUACAUUUUAUUUAUUUAUAUUUGCAUUGCAUUGCAGUAAUGAUAAUUGGAGAGUACGUGUAGUUAGCUGUAAAAAAAACAUUUUAUAUUUAAAUAUGAUUUAAUAUUUAACACAGUUCUAAUUAUAUAUACUACAAGUUUAAUUAAGAUUUGUACAUAUUUAUUUUUAUUUUAUAAAAUAUAUUUUUUAUAUAAAAUAAAUAUAUUUAAUUACAUAUACAUAAUUAUUAUAUUUUCAUUAUACUGUAUAUAUUUAUAUAUUAAAUAAUAUGUAUGCAAUAUAUUUAGAGAGAGAGAGAGAUUAUAUUGCAGUGAAAUAUGGCUUGCAUCUUUAUAGUAAUUCAUCACAUGACCUGGUUACUUCUGUUCAUUUAAUCAAAGCUGUCAUGAGACACACCUUCCUUAUGAAUGAAAUGAGAAUCAGAGUAACGUAGUUAGAAAAACAGAUAAUUGCUUCAUUUUUAAGCAUCAAUUACAGUGCUGUUUGUUUAACUCUGGAUGAUUGUCUGAAGGACCUCUACAGACACUAUCUCACAGCAAGACCGCAUGCAAAACAUGCAGUAAGGAGAGAAAGUUGGCGUGCAUGAACAGCGUGUUCUGUUUUGUGGUUUGGGGAGGAUUUGUCCCCAGGAGAGGGAGUGCUGGGAGGCUGCACUAGAUUAAGGUAGAUUAUAUCUGCCCACAGUCUUAUCAUAAGAAUCAGAGAUGAGGACAUAAUGCGAUGACGCACGUUACAGCUGAAAUCCUCGUGCCAGGAUUUCAUAUUUCCCACAGCGGCGUACACCUCUGUGCGCAGAUAUACUGACACGAGGCAAAGUGAAUUACUGCAUCAUGAACGUUUGUUCACACUGACGGUGAUCGAAUAAUCAACGUUAAUAGCAGGCUGCACAAUAAUGGCCAUAGUUUUUGAAAAUCUGAUCCACAAGUUAGAUAUAUUAUUAGUAAAUAAUAUAAUUUAAUACAAUGGAAAACAGCUGUAUAUAAUGCAUUAUAUCAUGAACAAGAUGAAUGUUUAGCAGUGAUUGGAAUUACCUGAAAUUGUAAUGAAAAAUGCAAUGUUUUGCAAUCAUUGCAUUUUAUUUAUUUAUUUUUAUUUUAAAUGAAAUGUGAAAUAAUGAUUGCAAAUCACAGUAGCAUAUAAUAUAAUAUAAUAUAAUAUAAUAUAAUAUAAUAUAAUAUAAUAUAAUAUAAUAUAAUAUAAUAUAAUAUAAUAUAAUAUAAUAUAAUAUAAUAAUGCAAAGUAGCUGUAUAUUAUGCAUUAAAUCAUGAGCAAGAAUUAAAAUUGCAAUGUAAAAUUAAAUGUGCUGUAAGCAGUUUUAGCUGUUUUGGAAAUCUUGUAUUUUUAUUUAUUUAAUGUGAAAAAAUAGUUUGCCAGCCACAGUAAUAUUUCUAUGACUUUCCAAAGAAGGAAAUAAAAUAUGGAGAGAUUGACUACAUUGAUCAGAAGAGAGAAAGAUGUCAAAUUUGCUGUUAUAUUAGAAGCUGCAAUUUAAUAGUAAGUUAAUACUACACGAAGUAUAGUGUUGUAAAUGUACAUGAGAUGUAAAACAAAAUGAAAUUAUAAGAAACUUUUGAUUUAUGAUGUUAAUAACGAUGGAAACUAGUUUGAAAAGAAUCCAUUGUAUCGCUCAAGUUAAAUUCUGCUCAACAUUAUGAGUUACUAGAAAUGGCCGCAUUACAUCCUCCGAUCUCAGUAUAAAACUGGACACUUGAAAUGAAGCGCUUUACACUGGAGCUUGUAGAUCUGCACAGAGACAUUAGUUUUGUAUGUUAGAUGUAAACAGUGAGGGGGAAACACUUGAUCCGAGUGAAGAGUGAGGUUGUGUGUGAGAAUCAUAACCUGCUUGUGUCCAGCGAUGUGGAUGCUGCUGCCUGUGGACGCAUGUGCUGUCCUGACACACAUACACUAACCAGAACCACCCAUCUAAUCUGUCUGUGGAGAGACACGGUGACCUCUAACUCAAAUAACCUUCCUGCAUCAGCGAUAACACGCUCGAGUUCAUCUGCAGAGCAGAUAUAUGCACUCAACACACCAGUUCAUUUACAGGUCUUUUCCAGUUUUUCAUAAUAGCUGGAUAAGUAUUAUUAUAUGUUUUAUUUCAUAUAUAUUUUCAACAUUUCUAUUUUUUAACAUUAAGUUAUUAAUCUAAUAUCUAAGUAUUAAUAUAUGUGUAUUAAUUUAGUCAUCUAAUAUUUUUUAAAUAAUGCAACUUUGUCCGUAAGUCACGAAGGCAACAUUUCCAUUUUAUUAACUUUUUUUUUUUUUACGUUUUACAAGUAAUGCUUUAUAUUUUAUUUCGGAUUUAUUUCAAUUAACAAAAUAAUUAAUUCGUAAUUUUAUUAAACAAACUAAUUAAUUUAUUCAGUUAGUUCCAAGACAUUUCCAUUUUAAAUAUUCAUCUGAUAUCAAAUAAUUUUAUUUCAGCUUUAUUUCAAUUUAUUAUUUUAAUUCACCAUUCACAUUUAAA